GUGGAUUUAGUCCGGCGGCGGUGCUGUUUCCUUUCCCGCCGGGAUGCAGAGCUCGGAUCUGGGCAACAGGGAACAGGGCAAAAUCUGGCACCGCAGGCCCUCCCCGGCAACACAGCAGGGAAUCAUAGUAAAUAUUAUUCAUACUACCACAGGAUAUCAUUCCAAGACAAUACGUUUUUUAAAUGUGGCUUUUGACUGUUCAGGAGAGUAUCUACUUGCUGGAGAUCAUCAGGGGAAUAUCUAUGUUUUUGAUUUGGUGAGCAACAGGUUCAACCUGGUUCAACGAACAGGACAAGCUUGCACUGCUUUGGCAUUUACUCUUCGCAGGAAAACAGAAUUCCUUGUGGCGUUGGCUGAUUAUUCCAUCAAAUGCUUUGACAUAGCAACCAAAGAACUUGUUAGCUGGAUGAGAGGACACGACUCUUCGGUGUCUUCCAUCUCAGUUCACGGCUCUGGCAGAUACGCCAUCACGUGCUCUACAGAUACAGCCCAGCUUUGGGAUCUGGACACGUUCCAGCGCAAAAGGAAGCUGAACGUCCGCCAUUCCGUGGGGAUCCAGAAGGUGUUCUUUCUCCCUCUAAGUAACACCAUUCUCAGCUGCUUCAGAGAUAACUCGAUCUUUGCGUGGGAAUUUGAUACUCUUCAUUGCAAGUACCAGCUACCAUCACCCAUCGACGGGUCUUCGUUGCACUACAAGGUCUUCGCCAUUACCCGGUCCUUGGAGUGCUGAGCCAAGAUAAUAUCAUGCGAUUUAUCAACAUCAGUACGUGCAAGCUGCUGUUUGACCUUGGCAGUCAUGAAGAGGGCAUCAGCAUGGCUGCCAUGAGCCCUUCUGGAAGGUACAUUGCAGCAGUGAUGGAAAAUGGCAGCCUUAGCAUUUACAGCAUCCAGGCUCUGACCCAAGAGGUCAACAAGCCUCCCCCACCGCUGUUUAAGGUGAUCGAAGACUCUAAGAGCAAGUUGGAGACCAACAAACUUACCAUGAGAGUCACUUCCAGAACCUCAGAGAGGCCGUGGAAAGCCAAAAAAGGCAAAAUCCAAUCCAAGGCGUUGAAGCCUCCACUCGAAGUGUCGUAUGAGGACAAGGAGAAUGAGUUGCCGGAGGGGCUGAAUAAGAAGCGUCUCCAAGCUUUGCUAAAAGGGUUUGGAGAGUAUCCAGCAAAAUACAGGAUGUUUAUUUGGCGCGCCUUGCUUCACCUCCCCGAAAAUCACUUGGCCUUUAACAGCCUGUUGGAUAAAGGGACCCAUUCGGCCUUCGCACACCUUCAGAAUGAAUACCCAAUUAAAAGCAGGAAACUCCUGAGAGUCUUACAAAGGACCCUUUCUGGCCUGGCUCACUGGUCCACCAUCUUUGGCGAGAUGCCUUACAUUCCUCUCCUGGUUUUCCCCUUCGUCAAACUCUUCCAGAACAAUCCGCUCAUCUGCUUUGAGGUGGUGGCUACUGUAAUAAUCAAUUGGUGUCAGCACUGGUUUGAAUUUUUCCCCAACCCUCCCAUCAAUGUCCUCAGCAUGGUGGAAAACAUCCUGGCACAUCAUGACAAAGAGCUCCUCCACCAUUUGAUGAAGCACAAUAUAACCUCCCAGAGCUAUGCCUGGCCCCUUCUGGAAACCAUGUUCUCUGAAGUCCUGACAAGGGAAGAAUGGCUGAAAAUGUUUGAUAAUAUCUUCUCCAACCACCCCUCCUACUUGCUGAUGGUAGUGGCUGCCUACCUUAUCUGCUCCAGGGCUCCAUUGCUUCACUGCAAUCGGAAGGAGGACUUUGAGUAUUUCUUCCACCAUCGGAACCACCUGGACGUCAGCGUGGUGAUCCGGGAGGCCUACCACCUCAUGGAGUGCACCCCGGACGACAUCCACCCCGUUCGUAUGCUGGAGGACUUUGCCUCACUGACCAAAGGGCAGUACCCCAUCUUUAAUAAGUACCCCAAGUUCAUUGUGGAUUACCAGUCCCAGGAGCGAGAGCGGAUCAGGCAGGAGGAAAUUGAGUACCUAAGAGAGAGGUAG